UCAAUCUGCUGGAACACGUUCAGAGAAGAUAAGCGUUUCUGGUUUACUCCGGAUAUACUUAUGGAGAAGGUGCCGAAGCUGAGGAUGAUCAUCAACCUGACGAACACGGACGACGGAAGAUACUACACGUUCAAGGAUUUCACCGACCACUCGAUCGAGGUCCACUCGUUGAAGUGUUUGGGACACGGGAAUAUCCCCCAACGGAAUUUCGUCAAGAGGUUCUACCAAUUGGUGGACCAAUUCUUGAAGAGGGCUUCCGUAACCGGCGACGUUGACGGACUUAUCGGUGUUCACUGCACGCAUGGCCUUAACAGAACCGGCUACUUCAUCUGCAAAUACAUGGUCGAGAUGAUGGGAAUCGAUGCGAGGAGAGCGAUCAGAGCUUUCGAGGAGAGCAGAGGUCACCGCAUAAUCCGACAAAUGUACAUAGACGAUAUCAUGAUGAUACAGCGAAACCCUCAAAACAAUCGAGACGACGCCCGUGAACAACGCUGACUUGGAUCCAAUCCAUUUGAACCAAUUUUUUUUUUGUGUAUAUUAAUAAAUUUACAUGUAAACAUUAAUAAAUCAAUUAAAAGUGUAAACAUUUAUAAUACUAAACAAUAAAUGGACAAUCGUGAGAAAAGA